CUCUUUGCGACGCAUUCUGCGCUUCGAUCGGCAGGUCGCGCCGCCAUGUGGGAGCGCUCAUAUCGCCAGUACUAACAUCGCAGGAUCACGCUGUUAGCGACCCUCGACCCCGACACGCUGCCUCAGCCAGCUGCCCUCUUCUUUGCGCCCAGCCCGCCGCAGCACCUCGGAGCGCGUGCGGUGCGAGAACGUCGCUCCUUCGAAGCAGCAGCACGCAGCCGCCAGUAUGGCAGAGACACAGUCCAAACAGUGGGGCGUCACGGCUCCCAUCUCGACAUCGCAGCCGACGCCGGGCGACUUGAAGCUGAAUGAUGAGCUUGUCGAGGAGCUCACGCGCCAGAAUGUCUUCGAGAGUCAUGAAGGCUCAGAUAUGAGAGUGCGAGUCCUCAGGCACAUCCAGGAAGCUGUCGACAAGUUCUGCAAGCAUGUCGGCAAGCUCAAGGGCCUGCCGCAGUCGACCAUCGACACCAUGAGCGGCAAGAUCUUCUGCUUCGGCAGUUACGCACUUGGUGUCCACGGGCCAUCUUCUGAUAUCGAUACCCUCAUCGUUGCGCCCAAGUCGGUCUCUCUAAACGACUACUUCGAUCACUUCGAGAGGAUUUUUAGAGAAAUGUCCGACGAGAAACUCAUCACCGAGAUGAACCCCGUGCCCGAAGCCUUCGUCCCGCUGAUCAAGAUGGAGUACUCUGGGGUCAGCAUCGACUUGCUCUUUGUUUCGCUCCCCUCCAUGACGCAAAUACCGAAAGACCUCGAGGGCGUAGACAAGAACAUGCUGCGAGGGCUAGACGACACGGCGAUGCGCAGCGUGAAUGGAACGCGUGUAACGCUCGAGCUCAUGCAGUCGAUACCCCAGAUCAAGAGCUUUCGACAUGCUUUGCGAGCAAUCAAGCUCUGGAGCACUCAGCGAGGCAUAUAUGGAGCCGUCUUUGGAUAUCCAGGAGGUAUCGCCUGGGCUAUUAUGGUCGCUCGUAUCUGCCAGCUGUACCCUAUGGCAUGCGGCGCCACCAUCCUCACGAAAUUCUUCAGACUUAUGGGCAAAUGGCCCUUUCCUAGGCCGGUCAUGCUGAAGAACAUCGAGGAGGGCACGCUGAAUCUCCGCGUAUGGAACCCAACCCAGUACCCUGGAGACCGCGCUCACCUGAUGCCCAUCAUCACGCCUGCAUUCCCGUCCAUGUGCUCAACGCAUACAAUCAUGCACUCGACCCUGCAUGUCUUGCGAGAGGAAUUCGAGCGAGCGGACCAGCUCAUCAACAGCGAGAGUGGUAUACUUGAGGGCAAGAAGCAGUGGAGGGACCUUUUCACGAAGCACACAUUCUUCACCAAGGACCACAAGUAUUACCUGAGUGUCAUUGCGGCAAGUCGCACGGAGAAGGCACACUCUACCUUCUCGGGGUUAGUCCAAUCGAAGUUCCGUCUACUUUGCAAGAACAUUGAGGACGGCCAAUGUGGCAUCGACAUCGCGCGACCCUGGAUGAAGGGCAUCAGCCGUGUCCACCGAUACAACAAUGAGGAGGAGGCCGAUAAGAUCAUUCAGGGACACACUGACUUUCAGAUAAAAGCGUCAGAGGUGCCUGAAAUCGCGCCUGGUGAGGAUUCGCCGGCAGGUAUCAUGUACACCACGACGUUCUACGUUGGUCUCAAGCUGAAGCCUGACGGCACAAAGUCUCUCGACAUUUCAUAUCCGGUGAGCGACUUCAGGAACCUCGUCACUACCAACAACGGCUUCAAUGAAAAGCUCAACUCUGUCCGUGUGAUUCACACUCGCAAUAACCAACUCCCCGAUGAUUUGUUCAGCGAAGGCGAGACGAAAGCCCCGAAGCCCUCUAAGAAAGGGAAGAAGGGAGACGUGAACAAGGCUGCUAAGCGCCACUUUGCCGAGACAGGGCUCGACGUGCGUAUAACACGAAUCACCAAGACUUCGAGACGUAUUCUCACGGCUCAGGAGCAACUCACGCGCUCUGGCUGACAAUGGUGCUAAUGUAGGACAGCGAGCAAUCAGCAGCAAAGCGCCAACAACACGAGAAAGAGAACGGCACCAACGGAGUCCACAAGCCAGA